GAAUUAAUAGACACUAGAAAACCAGUCUGCAUGUAAACAGGAAGCACGUUUUGUAUCAAAAUAAUUUUUGACAGAGAGUUUCAAUAAUUUGUGUACAUUUCACAUAAAAAUGAGGCCGCUCACAGAAGAAGAAACAAGAACAUUCUUUGAAAAGCUUUCUAAGUAUAUUGGAGAUAACAUAAAGUUAUUGCUGGAUCGGCCAGAUGGAUCAUACUGCUUUCGAUUGCACAAAGAUCGAGUAUAUUAUGUCAGGGAAGAGUUAAUGAAGAGAGCAGAAAGUUUUGCAAGACCAAAUUUGAUCAGCUUUGGCACAUGCUUUGGGAAAUUCACAAAAUCCAAGAAAUUUAGGCUUCAUGUUACUGCGUUAGAUUACAUGGCACCUUAUGCAAAGUACAAGAUAUGGUUAAAGUCGAGUGCAGAGCAACAAUUUUUGUACGGACACCAUGUAAUGAAGUCUGGCUUGGGCAGAAUUACAGAGAACACACCUCAGUAUCAGGGAGUCAUUGUCUACAGCAUGGGUGAUGUCCCAUUGGGGUUUGGGGUUGCAGCCAAGUCCACUUACUACAUGAUGCAUGUACUCACUGUUUCAGGGGUUUGGGGUUGCAGCCAAGUCUACCCAAGAGUGUAGGCAUACAGAUCCUAUGACACUGGUGUGUUUCCAUCAGGCUGAUAUUGGAGAAUAUAUACGCAGUGAGGCCGACUUGACAUGAGUAGAAUUGCAGACUGGGAACAUUUUGAAGUCUUUAUUAUGGAUUGAUCUUUAUAGACAUGGUUAAGUUUUGUUUUAGUUGAUCUUGUUUGUCUUGGUGGAUGAACAGUGGCUACAGGACAUAAGCAUUUUUACUUUGAUGCUGAUACAUGUAUUGAGAUCAAUGCAAAACCUGGUAGACAUGUCAUGACAGAAGCUGUGUCAGAACGUAUGAAAAAAUGUAUAACUCACCAUAUGCCCAUGAUCAUUUUGAUUGUGUGUGUAAAUUGGACUUUUUUAACAUUAAUUGAGGAUUGGAUUUAUGCGAUAUGUUCUUUAAAACAAUAAAUAUUUGUAUGCAUUAAAUGUAAAGGUUUUUUAAGAACUUAAUUUUGUUGUUGUUGGUAGGGACUAGGGGGCACUUAAUUUCCAGGUUUUUGUAUUUCAUUAAAAUAAAAUUGUCUAGAAAUAAAUUGGCUAUUCUGAUACUCUAUGUGGUGUGGUUUAUUGAUGGUCAAACAGGAUGCCACACAGCAGAAAGUGUCCCCUAUUAUUGACCAGUCAGUUAUGCAAAUAUGGCGCAUAACUGUGGAAAACGGGGCCCAAACAAAAAGUGUCUAUUUACGAAAAUGUAUGUCCAACAAAUAAUAUUAUUUUGUACAGUAAUUGAAAUGACUUGGGCUGUGUUGUUUUUUUCUACAAUAAGAUAUUUAAAACCUAGUUAUUAUAAUAAUUUUUUACAUUAAAGGAAGUCUCAGCAUUUGAAUAUUUGUAGAGUAGAAUAUGUUAAAUAUGUCAACGAAUUAUAAAUAAUUAAUUUGAUUACCUGUGAAACAAAAACCAACCCUUAUUGCAAGCAUUUUAGAAGAAAAAAACAUUAUCUGUUGUAUACUCAUACUGUUCUUGACUGAAUACAAAAACAGUCAUUGUCAUUGUUAUAUGUUUUUAUGCCUCCAGUAGGGUGGCAUAAAGCAUUUGAACUGUCCGUCCAUCCGAAAACUUUAACAUUGGCCAUAACUUUUGCAAUAUUGAAGAUUGCAACUGGAUAUUUUGGCAUGCAUGUGUAUCUAAUGGAGCUGCACAUUUUGAGUGGUGAAUGGUCAAGGUCAUACUUCAAGGUCAAAGGUUAAAAAAACAAUUCCAAGGGAAGUAACAAGCUUUAAAGGGAGAUAAUUUCUAUUUAUCAUUUGACAGGUACAGAUCAUUUUUACAAGGGAAGUAAUAUUUUGUAUUAAAUACCCUUUAACAAAUAUUACUUCCCUUGUAAAAAUUAUCUUUACCUGCCAAAUUAUAAAGUUUUUUUUUAAUAAAUCAAAGCGGCGCAGUAGGAGGCAUUGUGUUUCUGACGAACACAUCUCUCGUUCAACAUUUAUCAGAUAUGAAAUCUAUGUACAUAAUGUGCAUGAUUUGCCUCUGCAUACAUGCACAACAAAUGAAAUGUAAUAAAUUGUCAUACACGAA